UCCUGUUCAUCAUCUUCAAAUUCUUCUAAUAAAUCUAUUAAGUUACAAAAAAAGUUGCAUAAGCAAAGAUUGAAACAAGCGAAAGAAAAAAAAAAUCUGAAGGAAUUAAUGAAAGCUAAAGAAACUCCUGAAGAAAAGAGACUAAGAAGAUUGAAAAAAAAAGAAGUAAAAGAACGUAAACGCAAAGAAAGAAUGGGUUGGGAUAAUGAUUAUUUACAUUAUACAAAUACUGACAAUCCUUUUGGUGAUGCUCAUUUACUUCAACCUUUUAUUUGGGGUAAGAAAUUAGAAAAAGAAGGUUUAUUAGAAGUUAGUAGAGAACAAAUAGAAAUGCGAAAUAGAUAUAAACAAGAAGAAAAUAAGAGAGAAUUAGAGAAAGUAAAAAAGCGUAGACAAGAGCGAGAAUUGCAAAGACAACAACGUGAAGAGGAAGCUGCUUUACAGCAAAGAGGUAAAGAGGCUGCACAGUUAGAACAAUGGCAUCGUCAAGAAGAUCAGUUUCAUCUUGAACAAGCUAGAUUAAGAUCUCGUAUUAGAAUACAAGAUGGAAGAGCUAAACCUAUUGAUCUUUUGGCUAAAUAUAUUGGUGCCGAAGAUGAAGUAGAUGCAGUUGAAAUGCAUGAACCAUACACCUAUUUAAGGGGAUUACACAUAAAAGAUUUAGAAGAUCUUAUUGUUGAUAUUAAAGUAUAUAAAGAACUUGAAAGGGGUAAAAAUCUUGAUUAUUGGAAUGAUAUAACUAUAAUAGUUGAAGAUGAACUUCACAAACUUAGAAAAAUGCAACAAACCGAGUAUCAAGUUGCUCUUGGAAGACGAGAAGGAAUUCAUGAGUCUGUAGCAAGAGAUGUAACAGCAGUUUUUAAAGGCAAAUCUGCAACUCAAUUAGAAACAUUGCAAUCAAGAAUUGAAUCAAAAAUUAAUGGUAAAGCUGAAGGUGUUGAUAUUGGAUACUGGGAGAGUUUACUUUCUCAAUUAAAAGCACAUAUGGCUAGAGCACGACUAAGGGAUCGCCAUCAAGAAAAUUUAAAAAAGAAAUUAAACAUUUUAAUGGCUGAACAAGGAGUGGCAAAAACAGAAAAUGAAAUAUGCGAAUCACAAAUUAUUAAUGAGACUAAAGUACAAACUGAUCAACAACCAUCUACAAGUGCAACUUGUUUAAGAAGUGAUGAAAAUCAAUCAGAAGAUGAACAAUAUAUCGAAUUAGGAACAUAUUCACCCAUGUAUAUACCGCAGUCAGAACUAGAACCAGGAACAAUUAUAACUUUAGAAGAGGAAGAUACUCAACGUCUAGAAUUUGCUAGGAAUCAAGUCGUUAGUACUGGUCAUAAAAUACAAAAUGUUUUAACUGUAGAAGAACAGGCAAUGCGCAGAGAAGUUAGUAAAAACAUGGGCUUGGAUGAAGCUCAAUUUAGUGUUGAAUCAUCUCUUGAGGCUCAAAUAUAUUUAUGGUCAGAUAAAUACAGACCGAGAAAACCACGUUACUUUAAUAGAGUACAUACUGGUUUUGAGUGGAACAAAUAUAAUCAAACUCAUUACGAUAUGGACAAUCCACCACCAAAAAUCGUACAAGGCUAUAAAUUCAAUAUCUUCUACCCAGACUUAAUAGAUAAAAAUGUGACUCCUGAAUAUUUUCUAACUCCAUGUACAGAUAAUAAAGAUUUUGCUAUUCUUAGAUUUAAAGCUGGACCUCCAUAUGAAGACAUAGCAUUCAAAAUUGUUAAUCGUGAAUGGGAAUAUUCAUAUAAACGAGGAUUUCGUUGUCAAUUUCAUAACAAUAUUUUCCAGUUGUGGUUUCAUUUCAAGAGAUACCGAUAUCGUCGAUAAUUUUAUAUAUUUUUAAUAUAAGAAAUUUCAUU